CCUCAAGGGAGGAUGUGGUGUUCUCGUCUCUGGCGCAACCAAAAUUUUUCCAGCUUCUCUAAAGUCAUCUCCCGCGAAACAAGAGCGAUUCAGUGUCACCAAACACUUUGCACCUCUCCACGGACUUGCCAUAUUGGCCGAGUGAGCACCAAAAAACCAAUCCCUGCUGCUCUUCACCAUCUCCCGAUCCAACAACAUCAUUUUCAUUCCGCCGCUCCAGCGGCAGAACCCACGAUGGCGGGAGAACUCAGUGGUAAAGUCUCUUCGCUGACGCUGGAGGAAAUGGGGAAGAGCAAGAACCCUAUGGACUUCUAUCGACAACACAUCGCCGAGAAACUAGCUCCCAUAGUCAACCGAUCAGCCGCCGAAAUUGUCCCCUUGAUCCAAUGGACUACGACUCUGGACAAGGGAGACUUCACUCUGGCUGUACCUGCGUUGAAGGUCAAGGGCAAGCCACCGCAAGAUCUGGCAAAGGAGAUUGUCGCAGCGUUUCCCACGACAGAGGACACUUUCGUCACGGUAUCCCAGGCUGGUCCGUUUAUACAGUUCUUCGCCAAACCCCAACAUCUGAUCAACAUGACAAUCCCCGAAAUCCUAAGCACCACCAGGGCAUAUGGCUGCAACCCUGCCCCUGGCCUGAAGGACCCGUCAGACCCGUCUAAGGGCCAAAAGAAAAUCAUCGUGGAGUUCUCCUCCCCAAACAUCGCGAAAGAAUUCCACGCCGGCCACCUCCGGAGUACCAUCAUUGGUGGUUUCCUGGCAAAACUUUACCAACGCAUGGGUUGGAAUGUCCUGAAGAUGAAUUACCUGGGAGACUGGGGCAAACAGUACGGCCUCCUGGCCAACGGGUUCAAACAAUUUGGCAGCCAAGAGGAAUUGGACAAGAACUCAAUUGCACACUUAUUUUAUGUCUAUGUCGAAAUCAACAAGGUGAAACUCGCCCAGGACGAGCCCAUCAAUGAGUUGAAGAAGGAGAUCAAGGAGAAAAAAGACAAGGGCGAGGACGUGUCGGCACUGGAAGAAAAACUUGCCCCUCUUGUGGAAGAAAGCGAGGAUGAGAAGGCCCGGAAAUAUUUCAAGAGCAUGGAGGAAGGCGACCCCGAGGCUUUGGCGCUAUGGCAGCAGUUCCGGGAUAUGAGCAUCAAGAAAUACCAGAACACGUAUGCCCGGUUGAACAUUGAGUUCGAUAUAUACUCUGGUGAGUCGCAGGUGAAGGCCGAGACAAUCAAGCGGGUCCUGGAUAGUCUGUUGGCACAGGGAAUCGCAGAGUAUUCGGACGGCGCGAUCCUGAUCGAUUUUGCCAAACAUGGCGCCAAGAAGCUCAACAAGGCAAUCAUCGUGCGAAAAGACGGCACGCCGUUGUACCUCACCCGAGACCUUGCCGCGAUUUUGGAGCGAUAUAACGAGUACCACUUUGACAAAAUGAUUUACGUGGUUGCGGAUCAGCAGAACGAGCAUCUUGCACAACUGUUCAAGACCACCGAGAUCAGCGGGCAUAAGGAAGUGGCGGAGAAGUGCGAGCACAUCUCCUUUGGCAUGGUGAAGGGUAUGAGUACCCGAAAAGGGACCGUCAAGUUCCUGGAUGAUAUCAUUCAGACGGUCAAGGACACCAUGCUCGAAGUAAUGAGGAAGAACGAUCAAAAAUACGCCCAGCUGGAUGACCCCGAGAGAGUUGCUGACGUGCUGGCCAUUACUGCCAUCAUGGUGCAGGACUUGUCGGGCAAGGUCCGAAACGGCUACGAGUUCAACAUCAACCAGAUGACGGCGUUCGAGGGAGAUACAGGUCCGUACUUGCAGUACGCGCACGCACGACUGUGUUCGAUUGAACGAAAGGCCAAUGCAGACCUGAGUGCUUUGAGCUCUGCGGAUCUUUCCUUGUUGAAGGAAUCCCACGCCAUCAAUCUGGCUCGUUCGCUGGCACAGUGGCCGGAUGUGGUGCUCAACACGCUCAAGACUCGAGAACCUGCCACUGUCCUCACUUAUCUGUUCAAGAUGGCGCAUGCGCUGAGUUCCAGCUACGACCACCUACAAGUGGUGGGCAGCGAACCUGAGCUGCAGAAGGCUCGGUUGGCACUAUACGAGGCUGCCCGACAGGUGUUGUGGAAUGGCAUGACCUUGCUGGGGCUAAGUCCGGUGGAGAGGAUGUAGGAUGGAGUGACAUGGAAGCACUCAGAAGUUCUGUCAAGUGAACGGGUGUUUGGACAGGGGUGGUCCUCGCAUCUCGGCGGGAGAACCCGGGCUGGCAUAGCUGAAAAUGGAUCGAAGGAUUUUGACGGUUCGCGCUCGACUAUCAUGAAGUUCGGCUGUUGAGUUCAUGCAACAAGACAACUGCAAGCAGGGAUGGCCGGCUGACCGGGGGGAGUUCAUACAAGGGAUCAGGCUGAUAAGGACGUUAGAGCGGGUGCAGCAACUAGCUUCACAAAGCCGCAUUUCUGGUGUCCGGGGUCUCGGAGCUCGAUGUACUAGUAGGUAGACUUUUUGAUGAGCAUGGUGCAAUCCUUCCCCUUUUCAAGGCUGAACGGAAGGAGGGGUGCAUGCCAACGUAGACGAAGUUGGGUUUAGUCAGGGCGAAAACUGUUUGCCAGCGUCACAGUGCGUUGGGCAGCCACACCAAUGUGCCCUGCUCAUAAUGUCGCCACCAUCCCCUGCCACCACCCGGACCGCAUCUGGAGGGGUAAAAUUGUUGCUCCUCUUCUGUUAUCGGAUCGAAGACGAAGAAAGAUUCCGCAGGCAGCGAUCCCAAGGUGGACUGAUUCAGGCUGAUAACAGUGGAAGGCCGCGCAAUGAAAACCCUCGCUCUGCCUUGGGGACAGGUGUUCUCGGUGCUGUGUCCUGAUAGGUCGAAGUUUGAGAGAGUAGCAGGCAGAAGAGAUCAAUUGAUGCGUGGAUGGAGGGGUAGAUGAACUGUUUGAUAGCAAGGCGGGGGGAUGAGGAUGAGUGGCAGCGAGCCUGAGGCACGCGUGCACGAGCACCAACACCAACACCAGCAUCAGUGGUCAGCUCCCUCAGUAC